AUGUCCCCCGAAAGUAAAAAGCGAACCUCGAGCCAAGCGGGGCUCUUCAAUGAGGACUGCAAUGAGACCGAUUUCAGCAUUCACAACGACAGCGACGACCAGGCUAGCACUGACCACGACAGCGGCGACGAAGACCCCACCAACGCAGGGGUCGAGUCCCGACAAGCCGAGUCUCUGAGAGAGAUCAGCGGCAACGGCCAGAAGGUACUCGACCUGCCGCCCCCUGCCGUCGACGAUGCGGGCAUCGCUGACGGAAGGCCGGGCGCGGAGAAUGACCGCGAAUCGGCGGUCGACGCGGACGAUGAACGGGAAGCCUCGCCGGUACGCGUGGUUGACGAGAAUCAGGACCACAUGCCACCAGUUGAGGCAGAUGAACACCACGAGAUCGGAGAAGCAAAGGACUUGAACCAAGAGUAUCCGGGUGCAGUAGAAGGAGACGCCGAACCGCAUCCCGAGAGAAGAAAGAUCAAAAGACGCAAGAAGUACGAAGCAGAGGCUGAUCAUUCGGAGGCCAUCCGCAACAAGUACAGAGAGAUGCGCAAGACGCGCACCCCCAUAGCCUGUGAUCGCUGCAAGAACCUGAGAAAAGAGUGCACGAGCCAUGAAGACGGCUGCUCUCAAUGCAAGGCUGCCAACCAGGCAUGCAUGCACACCGACCCGAUCACCUUGAAAUCAGAGAAACGCGGCGCUUCGGCCGAGAAGGAUAGAUUGAUAGAAUUCCUGAAGGAGGAAAAUAGAAGGUUACGUCAUCGACUCAAGCAACUUGGACACGUCGUGCCUAGGAAUCCGUUUGGAUUGGCAUACUAUCCGGGCAGUAAUCCGAGCGUGCAUUCUCGUAGUCCACCUCUCCAACCACGGAUCAGCAACAGGAACACCAGCUCCAGCAGCAGCUUAGAGAGCGACCUGAAAUACACCAGCCGAACCGGAUACCCCGAACUGCACAGCCACAAUGGGACGGGCUCCUCGAGGAGGGCCGUGAGACCCAAUGCAGAACAUACAGCCAAGGACGGUGGCGGCCAUGCUGUGUCUCCCUCCCUCAAAGGUCGACAGCGCAGUGAUGAUUCAAUAAGAAGCCCAGGAAGUCUGAACCGGUAUGGACAGAACGUCGCGGAUCUGGAGAAGAGACUAGGGCCCAGCCAGCGGGCGAAAAUCGAGAGCGCGUUUGAGAAAUACGUGCAGAACGAUCCGGACAUCCAACGCAAGCACCAGAGUUACCCGAGCCCUCCCGUGAGAGGGCACCGUACUCCCCCGGUGGCCCCUUUUAGUCCCAACUACGCCAACGCCUAUGGCGGCAACGGACCCUACUUUCCUCCGCUGCCAGCCGGGCAACAGUUUGCAGCGGCUCCUGGCUAUAUGAUGCCCCCUCCUAUGGGCUUUGUCAACCCGACUCAGUAUAUCAUGCAGCAGCCACCACUGGCACCAGGACAGCCGGCUUAUGGCUUUGGGUACAACGGCCGCAGCGAGCCUGGUGACUUCCUCAUCGACUCUCAACUGGGUCACCCCACGCAGAGCCCAGACAACAGCUUAUUCUGGGACCUGCCUGACAACGGUGAGAGUGGGUUUGACGCAGAGGACUUAGAAUUCAACUACAAGAGUCAUUUCCCAACUGAAGAAUCGACCUCGGCGUCUGCUCCCGAGCAGGCUCGACCAGGCACAUAUCGUCUCAAGCAUAUGCCGCCACAGGAGCCCUCGAGGGAGAACCCGCCUCAGAGGCCAAGAAAGAGAUAG